AUGUCCAAGAUCAAAUUCAUGGCGGCUGGGGCUAGUAUUGUAGAUGCCGACCAGACCCCUUUGGAUGGUGUUGUUGACCACGUUGAGGCCUUUCUCUAUCUCGGUUGUCAUGUUAUGCCAGACGCCCAGAGCUCGUUUGAUGUGUCUCGGCGAGUUGCUGCUGCAUCGGGUGCAUUCUGUACGCUGCGGGAGUCGGUUUUCGACAGUGAUGACUUCAGCAUCGCCAUCAAGCGCAUUGUGUAUGGAGUGACUUUCCUGGCCGUCCUUCUUUAUGGAUCGUGGAGUUGGACCGUCAGGCAGCGUGAUUUCCAUCGCCUGGAGUACUUUCACCUGCAGUGCGUGCGCUCCAUCCUCAAGUUAAAUCGUGGCCGGCAGAUAGAGGAGCACAUCUCCUCUCUUCAGAUCCGUGAGAUAUGA